AUGGACAACCACAACCACAACCACCUCAGACCCUACGACCCCGAAAACCCCCAACGAACCAAUGUAAUGGACAUUGACCUCUCCGAAGAAGCCAUGCCUCCUUCCUCAGCAGCAACAAGCUGGCCCUGGGACCAAUCCAUGGUGGCCUCCGCGUCUCUAAGCACAGGCCCAAUGGACCAGCAACAGCAAAUAAAAUCUGACCACACAAUGGUAGACCCCUACCUGAUGCCGGGGCAUAACCACAACCAUCUCGAAACAUCAAUGUUCAAUCCGUUUCCGAGAGGCCUGUCCUCGCCGUCGAACGAUGUACCCCCGCCCCCACCGGCACAUACAGCUUCGUCACGGCCCCAAACCCCCACCCUUCGGCGUCGCGCCAUUGCGGCCUCCACUUCAUCCUCAUACCCAUCCACGAGGAGCCAAAGUCGCAAUCCCCCGAACAGGUGGUGA